GCAUUUUUAAUAAAUUUAAAAGAAAAAAUCUUAAAAUUGUUAAAGUUAAAUAAGAGAAUUUCUUAAAAGAAAAAAAGCUUCUAGACUGUGUUUAACUCACAAAAAGUUGUUUAAUUAAAACAUAAAAUAUGUCUUGGGUUCAUCAUAAGAAACCACCACCACCAUCUAUCAUUAACUCAUCAUCACCCUCAACAUCAUCUUUAACAUCAUAUUCAUCAGCUCCUAAUUAUAAUAAUUCUCUAUACAAUGCAACAAAUCGUAAUGGCUCUACCCCACGGCAGGCUUUACAACAAUAUACAACAAAUACUACUACACCUCCUGCAAAUAAUAACUCCCUGUUGAUGACGUCACCGUAUUCUACUAAUAGAACAAACACUAGCUUGAAAUCAACUACAGCCAUGCGUUUAAAUCCAACAUCACCCUAUCAACAGCUGCAACAGCAACAGCCUCCACCACCAGCAGCAACAGUACAACGUCAUCCUCCUUCUCAACCUCAUCAGCAACAACAACAACUUCAUAAUGCUUUACAAACUCCAUUGCAUGCAGCCAACUCGGCAAAUUCUGCCAGCUCCUCUAUGCAGACAGUUUUUAAUAAAAACAAUCAACAGCAAAAUCCUUGGCCAGCACAGCAAACCGGUUACUUGCCAUCAACAAAAAUGAUGCAGCCAACACCACCACCGCCAACAGCAACAUCAGCUGUUGCAGCACAAACUGUAGCAACAGCAAACAGUUGGCCAUUGCAACAACAACAACAACCAAAUGUACAACAAAAUUUUCAAAAUGUCAACAUGUAUCAGCAGCAGAAUGCCAACACACAACAACAAUGGCCACAAAAUCCACCACAAAUGGCGGCAACGGCAACAUAUGAUAAUAAUUAUUAUCAGCAAACAGCAGCUGUUAAUAAUAACAAUAUGUAUCAGCAACAGCAACAACAACCACCCGCAGUUGCAGCUACUCAAAAUCCAGCAACUUUUUUCCAACAACAACAGCCACAAGCGCCAGCAACUCAAAACCAACCUAUAAAUGCGGUAAAUUUCUUUGAUAACAACAAUCAAAGUGGCACAGCUGAUGGUUGGGGUGAUUGGGGAGAUUGGAAUGAUAACUCUAACAGUGCAUCAACUCCAGCGCCUGCAGCAGCUGUUGAAGCAAUGCCUAUUAAAGCUGAGCCCCCACAAAGCCAACCACCUGCUAAUCAGCCUCAAGCUAAUUAUAAUAAUUCUAUAAUAGCCGAUAGUUUUAGCAAUCAAAAUAAUAAUGAUACUUGGAAUUGGGGUGGUAAUGAGCGAAAUGAGCAACUUGUAAACAAUAAUCCACAAACUGAGACUGCAAAAUUGGAUAAUGUAACACAGCAACAGAAUGAUAAUUGGAAUUGGAAUACCAAUGCUAAUGAUAGUGAAAAACUUCAACAACAACAACAACAGCAGCAGCCAACAGCAAAUGAGCAACAUAAUGAUAAUUGGAAUUGGCAGUCAACAAAUGAAAAUCAACAACAUGUAGCUAAUGCAGCUCCCCCAGCAGCAGUAAAUCCUUCUGUACAAACGGCUACUUCACCACCGCCACCACCACCCACGGAAUUUUCCAGCUCCUCGACAACAUCGGAAAAUCAUAAUUACAAUAUAAAUGCAGCAACAUCCAAUAACAUUCCAAAUCCUGUUUUUGUCUCACAAGCAAAGGCGGUAACACUAGCAUCUCGGCAAUAUGCUUCACCUCCUAGCAGUAAUGUUGCAGUAACGGAAAAUACCCCCGAAACUGCUUUAAUGCCACCACAAGCUUUUCAAAAUAUAGAAGAACCUCAGGCAAGACCAGCAGCUGUUGUCUCACCACCUUUGCCACCACCCAAAGUGGCUACACCUCCCUUGGCUAAUGUGCCACCACCAGCAGGUUUGCCGCCAGCAAACAGCUCUGCUGGUAAUCCUUUUAAACGUUCGGGAGUAGCUCAACAUCAUCGUGCUACUGGUUUAAUGACCACCGCCACACCCGCUGCUAACAUACAACCCCCCAGUCCAGCUGUUUUUAAUAUGGCCCCACCUCCACCAGCAGAUUUUGCUAAUCCUGGCUCGGUUUCGCUCUUAGAACCGGAUAAUAAUGAGCUUCCUUCACAAGAAAAUCAAGAAGUUCUAACACCACCCACCACAAAUAUAACAUUGCCAAAUGCUGGUGUACAACAACAACCUAUCACUGCUGUAACCUUAUCCAAUGUUGCUCCGGUUGCCCAGCCUGUACCACCACCUAAUGACGAACGUAAUCAAUAUUUGCAAACCAGUCAUUUAUCGGAAAAUGCUGAAGCUGAACAACAACCAGAAGCCGAUGGUUUAUUGCCACCACCAGGACUGUCGCGUUUAGUUUUAGGUGAACCUGAGCUAGAAGCUUCACAGCAACGUAUGGUUAUGGGUACAGAAACCCCCAAUGCAGAUAAUGCUGUUACUCAGGCUGCCGCUAUGCAUUUGGAUGAACGUCAUGCUGAUGGUGAGGAUACCGCCUCGGAGAGUGCAGUGCCUGUUAUUAGUUCAGCAGGACAAGGUGCUCCUCCCACUACCUCUACCCUCUCAUCUGAUCGUAAUUUAUAUUUGGUGCCUGGAGAAAGUAAUAGUGCCAACAACACUCAAGCCCAACGUGUUGUAACUGGAGUAGAAUUAGCUGAACAGCGUGAAAUUGAAAUGGAUGGUGAAAAUCUAGAAGAUGAACAAAUCCAACAGCAGCAGCAACAACAACAUCAACAACAGCAACAACAUCUUCAACAAAAUCAACAUCAAUCUAUUGCCUUACCAGCAGAAGCCCGUAAUGAACCACCAGUCGAAGGAGCUGAUGAUAAUGUAGCUGCUCCUCCACCACCUUCUUUGGCUGUUACUAAUACAAGUCAUGCAACUGAUCAUCAGCAAGAUCAACAUCAUCAACAUCACCAUUCUAAUAAUCAAUUAACGAAAAUUAAAGAUGCAAAUCCCAUUUCAUCACCCAAUGAUGAUGACGAUAGUGAUGAACGUUUGUUAAACGAUCGUGGUAUGAAUCAAAGUACUGCUGGUUCCUCUAAAUCUCGAGCUAAAUAUGAAAAUGAACGUUUAGCAGCUGCUGCCUCAAGACGUCGUGAUAAACGUUCUUCUACGGAACGUUAUGAAAGUGAUGAAUAUUUAAAUUCAGAAGGUGAGUAUUCUAGUGAACGUGAAGAGCGUGAACGUAGAGAACGUGAUCGUCGUCGCAAUUACCGAGAGGGUAGUGUACGCAGUGAUCGUGGUAUUAACGAUGAUGAGGAUAAACGUUCUAGACGUCAUCGUACAGGAGAUAAACGUGAUAAAUACUAUUAUGAGGGAGAGGAACGAGGACGUGGUCGUGAUGAGCGUGAACGUGAUCGUGGAACCGAACGUUCUAAGGCUGAAAGACGUUCUCAACGUCAGCGUGGCUAUGAGGCUGACUCACGCUAUGAAACUGAGGAAUCAACACGAUUCGAUAGUCGUAAAGAUGUCAAUAGACGUAGCAUGAGGCGAGGCGAACGUAGUGAUCAGGGUGCUGGCGACUAUGAUGAUUACAAUCGUAGAGGUGUUUAUCGUUCUUCUAAGAGAUCAAGCGAUAAUUAUGAGUCAGAUAGAAGAGAUCGUCGACGCAGCGAUAAACAUCGUGAGCCACGUUAUCGUGAUGAUCCACGCUACGAUCCUCGUGAAUAUGAAGACUAUCGUAAGCAUAGCUCACGCAAUGCCAGGGAAAGUGAUAUGGAAAAAGAGGGUGCUGUAUCCUCACGUUCCGGACGCAUGCAUCAUGAUCCUAGACAUGCAGCCAUGUAUGGUUAUCCUUCUAGUGGUUAUUAUGAUCCCUACACUGCCUAUUAUUAUCAACAAAUGGCACGCACUAAUCCUCAAGCUUAUGCCGAAUGGUAUAAGAAAUAUUAUGGACAAACAGCGGCGGCAACUGGUGUUACACAGGGGAUGGUUAGUUUACCUGGAGCUGCUAAUAAUGCUGCAGCUCAUGCAGAUGCUGGCUCUUUACAGACAGCCGGUAAUGAUGGUCGUGAAUCGGUUCAUUCGGGUCGUAGUUCAGCUCAUAAUGAUUUGAAAGAUAGGUAUACACAUGUUUACAUAACACAAGCCAAUGAUUAUCAUCGUCAUUAUCAACAACAACAACAGCAACUUCAUCAUCAGCAACAUUAUCAACAACAACAUCAUCAUCAUCAGCAACAAAUGGCCUUCAAUCAAAGUUUAAAUUCUACUCUUUUGGAUGAUGAGUCCUUAAAUCAUAAUACUAGUUUAUAUAGUGGCUUGGGUAUUGGUCUUACAGCGGCCCGUUCAAAUUCUAAUCUUUCACAAAUUCAUGGCGGUUAUUAUUCAAGUUCAACAGCAGCAGCUGGAGUUUAUUAUGCACGUUCUGAUUAUGCGGAAUCAAGAUCUGGUGCCUUAUCUGUACGUGAACCAGAUCCUAUAGCACAGGAGCCACAACGUUUGACACCCUGUAAAUUCAUUACUGAACAUACUGUGGUCAACUUUGCUUCAGGUAUUUUGGUUACCGUCAAACCUAAGUACACACCCAAUGGCAGUAUAAGUAAUGUAGUAAAAUUGCUGAAAUUCAAACCCAAUGAUGAGACACGCAAGUUAUUUAAAGUCUUCCCUGGUCCUCUGGUAAGAGGUUUAACACACAAGAAAACUGUCAUAGAAUUUUGUCAUGAACAAAUACGUUUGGGUCCCAUGGAAACUACUAUUUAUGCCAAACAAUUGAUAAAUAAUAAUGCUGAAAAAUAUCGUGGUUCCUAUACUUUAAUGUGGAAUUUAUUGAUAUUGCUGUUGAAACAAAAUGGAAUGGUGGUGGGCACUGAUAUUGCUGAAUUAUUGUUGAAAAACCAACAACAAUAUCCAUAUCAAACACCCAUUUCAACAGCUAACAAUUCUUUGAAAUCUAAAUCGGGUUCUAACUCUUCCUUGGAGGUGGAUAAGGAAGAAGAUUUAACUAAAGAUUUGACUGCAGAAACAGACACUAAGGAAGAGAACAAUGUUCAAGCCACAUUAGAGGAAAAUAAGCUAGAACAAGAAGAUCUAACAGCAGAGGAUAAUUCUUCAAAUUCAGUUACUUUAUCUGAAGAAGAAAUAACCGAGAAAUUUAGAAACUAUUUGCUGUAUGGCAAUGUCAAUGAGGCCUUAGAAUGGGCUACCGAUAACAAUUUAUGGGGUCAUGCUUUAUUUUUGGCCUCUAAACUUGAUCGUCGUUCUCAUGCCAAUGUUAUGAUGAAAUUUGCCAAUAAAUUAUCACUAAAUGAUCCGCUACAAACACUUUAUCAACUAAUGAGUGGCCGCACUCCUUCCAGUGUUACGUGUGUGCAAGAUGAAAAAUGGGGCGAUUGGCGUCCACAUUUAUCUAUGAUUUUAUCGAAUACUUCACAAAAACCCGAAUUAGAUCGUAAAGCUAUUACCACUUUAGGGGAUUCUCUAUUCAAUCGUGGUGAUUUAUAUGCUGCGCAUUUUUGUUAUCUAAUGGCUCAAGUGGGUUUUGGUCGCUAUCAGGAAUCAGCCACACAAGAAACCUCUUUACAGCAGCAUUUGCCUAAAUUGGUUCUAUUGGGCUCUUCUCAUUAUAAACAAUUCCCUGAAUUUGCCCAUAAUGAGGCCAUUGUUAUGACUGAGAUAUAUGAAUAUGCCUGUUCCUUAAAUGAUGAUAAAUUUUCUAUAGUUGAAUUCCAGCCUUAUAAAUUCCUUUUGGCUACACGUUUAUUGGACUAUGGCUUCCAUUUGAAGAGUUUAAUGUAUUUGGAACAAAUAGCUGUGCAUAUAGCCAGAGAUCCCAGCAAAUAUGAAAGCAGUUUUAUUAAUAAGGUUUAUGAAAUGGCUGAUCGUUUGAAAUACUAUGACCCGGUUCUAGAGAAAACCAUCGAUGAUCAACAACAGGGCCCAGACGAUGUAAAUGGUUUGAAUUUAACACCCCAACAAAUGGAAGAACAAAAAUGGUUACAAAAUCUAAGACAAUUGGCUCAACAAUAUCAAAAUGAUUUGCAAAACUCUAAUACAAAUGCUUUACAAGAUCCCCAACAGCAGCAACAACAACAGCUAACACAAGAUCCUAAUUACUAUCAUAAUCAACAACAAAUUGAUCAACAAUUUAUGGAAAUAAAUAAACAAUUUAGUGAAUUAAAUUUACAAUAUCAACAGCAACCCCCGGCGGUGAGCACAACAACAGAACAACAGCAACAACAACAACCAAUUACAUAUUAUAAUCCAGAGCAGCCUACACAAAUGGGAGAUUCAAUAUAUGGCUAUCAGCAACCGACAACAACAACAACAACACAAUCUUUGCAACCUGAACUGCCUACAGAUAAUGCCAAAGAUUUACAGCCAACAGAUAAUACUAAUGAAAUUUAUCAACAAUCAGGACAAUAUCUACAAUCUUCAGUAGAGCCAAUACAACAACAACAACAAACACAACAUACAACAGAUUAUUCUAAUAAUUAUUAUGAUCCAACGGCACAAUAUAAUGCCACCGAUUCAGGUAUUAAUAAUAUGGAAACUACAACAACAGCUGCUGCUCCAGCUUAUGAUUAUUGGGGACAACAGUCAGCUCAUAUGCCACAAGUGGCAGAAGAGCCUGAGCUAAAUGCCAACAAUAACAACCCUAAUGAUAUGGUGUUGUUAAAACAGACACAUAAAAUGACUUCAACACUUAAGGCCAACAAUAUAAAUCAUGCUUCUUUAAAAGCUCCCUUAAACAUAAACAACAAAAAAUCUCCCCUUAAACUGAAAAGCAACAUUUCCACAUAUACCUCCUCUCCUUUAUCCUCUACUCCUAUAAAGGAUAAAUUAAAAACGACUACAACAACAACAACGAAAACUCCUUUAUCGGCUAAAAAAACAUUAGAUUUAGUACAACAUAAAACAUCUACAGCAGCCGCAACAACUAGAACAACCACAACAACAACAGCUACAGCUACAGCAUUUAAUAAAUUAGCUAAUAGUACAGAACACAACAAUAAUAUGAUCAUAAAUAGUUCUACAACAUCAAUAUCAUCAUCUGCAACACCAUUUUCCAUUAACAAUAAUGCACGACCAACGAUAUCGAUGCCGAAAUCGAAAACUUACGAUACCGAUGAGGACAGUAAACAGCAACAUACAGCUGGCAAUGAGGGCAACAAAAAACAACAACAGCAAGCCGCACAACAGCAGCAGCAACAACAACAGAAGGGUGCCAAAAAAGAGGAUAAAGAUUCUAAUAAAAAUCAACAACAAUCUAAUCAAAAUUCUGGUUGGUUUGGUGGUAUUUGGAAUAAAUUCUCGUUGAAACCUAAAAAUCAAAUGAUUUUGCCGGAUGAUAAAAAUCCCUCUAUUGUUUGGGAUCCAGAGAAAAAGAAAUGGGUUAAUACCGAUGGUGAUGAAGAUGCCCAGGAAGCUUUAAAGCCACCUCCAAAAAUGAGUGAUUUAAUGCCGCAAACACAAAUGCCACCUCAACAACAACAACCACAACAGCAGCAGCAGCAACAGCAAAAUCAACAACAGCCUCAAAUACCUUUUAUGGAUCCUCAACAAAUGCAGCAGCAGCAACCAACACAAUUACCACAACAAUAUGUGCCUAACUCAAUACCCAAUCCAGCACCAUCACCCAGUCCCUUGCAGCAGCAACAACAGACACCACAAAACCCUAGCCAAAUUCCAACUCAAGCACCAGGUCCAGCUAAAACACCCACGCUGCAAUCUAACAUGUUUAAAAUGCAAAGAAAUCGAACUUUGAAAAAUGCCUAUGUUGAUGUUUUCAAUCCUUCUGGUGCUCCCGUCAAUAAGGCUGCUGAAAAUAUACUAGCUCCCGCUUUACCACCCGCUGCAGUGCCACAAGGUGGCUUUUUCAUACCGGGCGCUCAGCCAGGUGCUGCUGCCGUUAGUGGUAGUAGUGGUCAAGAGCAACAGUAUCAGCAGCAAACACAACAAAGCCAACAACAAGAUACACCUCAAUUCUACAAUCCUAAUCAAUUUACCAGCGGUACUGGUUAUUAAUAUGUUUAUUUAAUAUAAAUGAAAUUAAAUUAAUUUCAUUUUGUUUGCAAAAACAUUUUGUUAAAUAAAUAUUUAACUUUAAA